CUGGACGGACGUAACUCGUCACUGGUAAACAGAAUGGAGAGAAGCAAACAUGUUUUCCAGAUCUCUGGGAUCAAAAGCCCUAAUAAGAAGAGAGUUUUGGUUCAUGGAAUUCACCAACUGGGUGGAAAGUACAUUGGUGGCUCGGUAUAUCAGCAUUCCAGCACCCACCUAAUAAUCCCCCAGGUUUUGUCCAGUGAGAAAUUUUUGGCAGCCUGUGCAGCAGGAAAAUGGGUUGUGACUCCAGACUACGUGUUAGACAGUGUGAGGAACGGUUCCUGGCUUGCAGAGGGACCCUAUGAAGUCGCCAUUUCCAUAAAACCCUCAGUUUCCUUCUACCCAGUCAGACAGUGGAGGGAGAAGAUGACCAAUGAGGGAAUAACCGGAGCUUUCCAGGGCUGGAGAGUACUCCUCGUGGUUCAGGAGCCCACCAGAAGAGCCAUGUUCAAACGGCUGCUAAAAGCGGGCAGGGCAGAAGUAUAUGAUAAUACUCCACCUUCUUUCAUUUCCAUCACUCAUGUCAUGGCGAAACCUGUUAUAAAGAACAAUAAAUACCAUAAUGCUCCUUGCUAUCCGGUGAGCUACAUAGUCCAGCAUCUCUUUGGGGGUAAUCAUGUGAAUAUGAGUUUCAACAUAAUAGAUGAUCAUCUGCCUGUCAGAAAAUCCAGUGUUCUUGAUCAUGACCUCUCUAGUUUGGAGGCAGAGCUCAAAAGCUACGCUAUUAAAAAGGAGGGUCGACCAAGAAUGUGCUUCCUGGAAUUUCUGGGUUACAAUGACCCCUAUCGCCCCCACUCACAGGCGAUAGUAACGGACCUCAGCAAUGUCGGUAGUAUGAUCGAGUGCGGCCUCUUCACUGAAGCCUUGGACUCCAUCAGAGCUGCUUUGUUUCCAGGCUUGUUGCCACCUGCAAAAUACCUGAUCUCCCUCUUAGAAUAUGCGCAGCAGGGUAAUGCCUCAUCAGUGUUCCUGAGAAAUGUCCACCAGGUUAUGGAUAAUUUACUUGUUACCAGCACUCCAUGGAGAACUUCCAAUACAGUGAAAAAGUAUUUCAUGCAAGUUUUGCAGUGUCCUCAGUGUAAGGGGGGCUUGUGGCCUUUUCUAGAGACAGCCAUCAGGUACUGCUUGGCCAGUGACGUCACUUGUCACCCGCUACCUGGGCCUGCCCUGCCAGCCCUGGUUCAUUUUCAUGGCGACAUCCUUGCAUUUUGUCUCAAGCUCUUCCAGGCAGAACUCUUUGCUAUUAACAGCGGAGACUUUGCUUCGCUCCAGGGUCCACAAGUCUCAUCCACAUCCACAUCAGGCUCGAUCAUGUACAAAACCUUCUGGACUGUGUGGGAGCGCACCACGCUGUUGUCUUCUACUGUGAAACAACUAACUCAGUUCUUAGUACAGGCUGCUAUUGUGGAUUAUGCUGAGAGUGAGGAGAAGCAGGAUCUGCAUUUGGCUGACACUCUGCUGGACCUGCUGUGCGUGUUGGUGGAGUUCUGGUGUCAGCAGCACUUUAAACUGAACCAGUGCCUGGUGGAAAAGGGCCUUAAAGACCUGUCUGAGCACCUUGCUGUUAUUAGCCAAGAUUUAUCCCUGGCUGUUCUGGUAGAGCUGGUUGCCAGGGUUCGUUCCACCAGGCUUAAGUUAGUGAUGGCUGAUGCCAUAUUCAGGACACUUUGCUGCAGAAAUGGAUUCGCAGUGGGAGACGAGCCUCUCUCUAUCAAGAAAAUGGUGCUUUCUUACCUGCCUGCUCUAGGAAGUUUAGCUCACAGUCCCAGCAGUGAUCGCCACAGGACUGGACCCAACUCACACAGCUGCUCCAGGGAAGGGACCAGCUGCAGAACUCAGAACUCCUCAGAGAAUGAAACGGGCUUGGAGGAAGAGAAUAUCCCCAGAGGCCUGAACAGAGUCAACGCAGCAGGAGAAACCCUCCUCCACAGAGCUUGCAAGAAGAACCAAGUGGAAACGGUGCUUCAUAUCCUGACGCUUCCUGGCACAGACGUCAAUGUUAAAGACCAUGCAGGUUGGACACCUAUGCAUGAGGCGUGCAACCACGGCAGCACUGAGUGUGUGGAAGCUCUGUUACACCACCGCCCGGCCCCUGUCCUCACUGAUCAGGUCAGCGGAGUGAGUCCUCUGCAUGAUGCUCUGCUGAAUGGACAUAUGGACAUCGCCAAAAUGCUACUGGAACAUGCAGGCUCGAUCCUCCUCCAGCAAACCGAUGGAGGAGGACGGUUCCCACUGGACCUGGUCUCUGCACCACUUCAGAGGGAAGAGCUCCUUCAGUGCGCGCAAGUUGGAGAUUUGACCCUAGAAAACAAAGCCACCGAGGUCUCGAACCUUCCCCUCCUGGAGGCCAGUUCUUGUCUGUUAAGUCACCUCUUUUUCUUGUACCAGCUGGAGAGGGGUCUGCCUGGCCACACGCAGCACAGCGACAAGCUCCAGAGCCUGUGCUACAAGCUGGUCAGGGCCCUGGAGGCACACUCCUUCCAAAAAGUGACUUUGGGCUGGACAGAUCAGCGGGCAAUGAGGCUUGUGGAAGACGUAGAGAUAUUGUUGGAGCUCAGCCAAGGAAAGCACCAGGAACAGGUGUCUCCAGCUGUGAAGGAGUGCAAAGGAGAAAACACUCAGUUUCUGAUGGAGAUUCUGGACAAACUCAGGUCUUGGACUGAAAUAGUAGUUUCUGUUCUAUGA